UUAAUGUCAGGAUGAUACACGAAUGGACCAGGCAGAAGCUGCAACAUGUUGAACCGAAGCAGGGAACGGACGCCAUGUCUGCUCCCAAUCCUUGCCAACCCAACCACCGCUUCGUGUUCAUAAAGAUCCACAAAACUGGUAGCUCCACCAUCGCCACGAUGCUAGAGCGCUACGGCUACCGGCGCGAUCUAACCUUGGCGCUGCCCAGCGGAGCAGCCCACUCUUUCCCCAUGAGCAACAGGCGGUACCGUUUUGACACCCCGCAGCUAGUCUUCCAGUGGAACCUGACGGACCAGAGCGGUGCCUUGGUCUGGCCGGCGCUGGGCGGGUACCAAGUCUUGGUGAAUCACGCUCUGUACAACCGUACCGUGGAUGAAAUUCUUAUCCCAAACGCCGUAUAUUUCACCAUGAUUAGGGAACCCCUCGCCCGAACCGAAUCCUUCUUCAGGUACUUCCUUUUCGACCAGGCGGUACCCCACAAGGCCAACGAAGACCCUCUUGAAGUCUUCAUGAGGGACCCCCAAAGACACACCCAGAAACUGAGGAACAACAAAUGGACCAAGUAUUUCAGGAACGGCCAGUUUUUCUCUCUGGGGUUGGAGCGGGAAGAUUACGAGAAUCUCCGGGUGGUAGAGGCUGCCAUCGACUCGCUGAGUCGCGGCAUGGACCUAGUGAUGCUGAACGAGUACUUCGACGAGUCACUGUUACUCCUGAAAAAGCUCAUGUGUUGGGAUUUCCAAGACAUCGUGUACAUCUCCAAAGCGGUUCGGAGAACCAGCGAAAACCACACCAGCAUCCCGGCGGGGCUGAGAGACAAAAUUCUCCGGUGGAACGCGGCUGACCCGAGGCUCUACCAACACUUCAACCGGACUUUCUGGACCAAAGUCCAAAAGUACGGUCCGGAAUUUGGGCACGAUUUGGACACGUUCCGAGCGAUGAAGGAAUCCGCAACGCAAGCUUGCAUGGCAACGGGGAGCCGCCAUUGGGAUCGGCACAACUCCAGCUACUGGAAAUUGCCGCCAAAUGCCAGCGAGAAAUGCCGAGAUUACACGAGAGAUGACAAAGCUUGGGUCAAGCUUAUAAGAUCGCGCAUGCGCGCAAAAAGCAGCGCUUUCAUCAAAUACAGAAAUGGAUAAUAAACAGAACCUUUUCACAAUCAACUGUUAAUUUCUCUACGGCGUACUUGAUAUAGAAAAAGAACAAUUCUAAAGAAUGAAAAGAAGAGAAUGCUUCAGAUUUCAGGUAUUCAAUAGUCAUUUUUCAAAGCUGGACAGGAAUUUUUGAAAAGGGAAAGCAAGCACAUGCACUUCUAUCAAAAAGUGGCUGCAUUUGUGAAAAGUUUUAGUAUCAGAGAAAAAAAAUGUAUCGUGAUGUACAACUCGAAAUACAUACUUCAUUUCCAAGAACAUUUAUGAAAGAUUUUAAUCCCAAAAAAAACUCAAAGGAGUAACGAAAUGAAAGAAUCUUCUGGCUCGUUCGUGAAAACAUCUUUUUCAGUUAUUUAACUUUCUUUAGAUUAUUUAUUAAUCUUUCUUAGUAUUUUGAAAAGUUUCAAUAUAAAAUCCUAGUUAUCUUCGUAACUGGUAUGGUGUUGGCGAAAGAAAUAAAGUUUUCAUUUGUGUUACUAU